AUGGCUAGGAUAAUUUUGAAAAAGGGAAGUAACAUAAAUCAUAAGGAUGCCAACGGGAUAUCUCCUCUUCAUAUUAGCGUCAAAUAUGGCCACCUAAACAUUGCUAAAUUCCUCAUCGAAAAUAAUGCCAACGUGGACAUAACAGACAAUGAGGGACAGAGCCCCAUCUUUUACGCCAUAAUAAACAAGCACUACGACAUCGUCAAACUGCUGAUAGAAAACGGAGCCGAUGUUCAAAUCAAAGACCACAACAAUGCCAGUGUGUACGACUACGCUGACUUUAGUGGAAAGACGAAGCUCUCCUCCUACAUACUCUACAAGAGUAACGAGAUAAUAGUUAACGAUUCGAAGAAAGUUCUGAAUGGGGAUUCGCCCCCCAAAGACGAAGACGCGAAAGCUUCAUGA